CUCGUACGUCAAGGAGAGGCACUGAAGCGCACGGAACAGAUGGUAGAUAAAAUGGACCAGGACUUGAAGACUAGUCAAAGGCACAUAAAUAGCAUUAAGAGUGUUUGGGGGGGCUUGGUAAACUACUUCAAAGCCAAACCUCCAGAGAGCAAGCCAGAACAGAACGGAGCCCCUGAAUAUUAUGCUAACAGUAGAUUAAAAGAAGCAAUAGUGUCCAGUAAAGAACAAGAGUCAAAAUACCAGGAAAGUCAUCCAAAUUUAAGGAAGCUAGAUAAUUCAGACAAUGAUUUCGGCAAAGCAGAUUUAGUUUCUUCAGUGCAGAGGGAUUCCUAUCCAAAGAACCAACACCUGCGAGCUUAUCACCAGAAAAUUGAUAACAACUUAGAUGAGAUGUCUUCUGGGUUGAGUCGUCUGAAAAACCUUGCUCUUGGUCUGCAGACAGAAAUAGAUGAGCAAGAUGAUAUGCUGGAUCGGCUGACAAAGAAAGUAGAGACACUGGAUGUCAAUAUUAAAAGCACAGAUAAAAAAGUCCGACAACUUUAAAGGAUUUACAGAAAUUUUUUUUGUCCAGUGUCAGUUCUUGGUUGUCUUAACUCAACUGAUCUCUUAAAAAAACGUGGACAGUAGCUGUUUGUCUUUCUUCCCAUAUGUUAUUGAUUUUGUUGUCAUUAAAAUUGCAUAAUCUUAAGUGCAGCAUAAUACCUUAAAUUUAACAUACAUGGGAAAAGUGCAUGUUGAGUAAAAUCUCUCAGCACUUGGUAGAUGCUUUUGUGCUGGAUACCCUGCUCAAUUAUAUAACUGUGCGUCAUGUGCAUGGAGGAAUUUGCAAUCUACAAAGCUUCAGUGUCCUUGGCCUGGGAGCUGUGAUGAGAAAAGGAACUGCAUUUCGCCUGUUUUGGGGAGGGGGCAGGGGGAACAGAAUGCUGCUUUGUUCAGAACAAAUGUUGUUCAUUCUGUUUACCUACAGCUAUUUUAAAUUCUGAAAAAAUGCUGCUUUCCAGCUGUAAAAAUAAUUCAAAGUGACUGUUCUCUGGCAUUUCUGGGGCUUAAGGAACGAACUGUUCUGUGGAAGUUGUAAAAUAUCAAAGGUGUCAUGCAGUAAUGAUAAUAUCCUGUGCGUGUUCCCUUUCCUAAGAGGACUGUUGCCAAAUGGUAGAUCUGCAAACUGGGGUUUGUGUUUGGGUCACUAAAUGCUAUCGCCUUUACAGUAUUUUCAGUAAAGAUCUCUAAGGGUAUCUUGUGGUCUGCAAGAAAUGUUGACUGACAGUGACCCAAAAAGUUUGGGUAACAAAUCAGGACUUAAACAUGUGCUCUUAAAGAUUCUUUUGUAGAGGUUACCAUCUCCUUUUUCUUUUCUGCUCUUUCUCAGCCUAUUCAGAUAGGUGGUUAUUUGAAAAAUAGCUUCCAUUUUAGAAAUGGAGAGUUGGUCUGAUACUGCACAAGCGCAUCAUAGAUCGUUCUGUGAGUUAACAUCUCAUUCAAAUGUGAUUAGGGAGUCAGAAGAUGCUGCGUUUUCCUGGGCAACGUGACUGUUUUUAAGAAGCUCAGCUAUGGUUCACAUGCUUCUGCAUUGGCUUAGCAGGUGUGAAAAGUUCCUGCAAAUGAAGACAAGCUCAAAACUGUUUGAGUCUUCCAGAUACAAGUUGGGCCUUCCAAUUUGUUGUAGUCGUUUGUAAGUAUCACUGUAGAACAACGUAAUUACAGCUCUGCUCCAGCCUGAAGACAUGAUGAUGAGAACUUGCUGUCUGUCUUGAAAACAAGUAAGUUGUUUUGGUUUGGGGAGGCCAAGGGACCCGUGGCAGCGUUGCCACGCUCGCUAUCGCAAAGGACAUUGAGUGGCUAAGAGCAGAUAGUUGCUUUUUUGAGCUGGGGCCACGUUAUCUUAUGAAUUAAAGGAAGACCUUGGUGUUCCUUCUGUCCUUCAUGGACAUUGCAUUCCCACCCUCCCCUUUCCUUUUUUUCAAGGGUUUUGUUAUAUUGAGCUCACUUGCUACAAAGUGCACCCAAAUGUUAAGGACAUAAAAGAAAACUUGAGCCUUCCUUGUUUUACUGUGUCUCCUGAGAAGUUUGCUUGUAGAAAAAUAAAUCACUAAAAAAGCUACACUUCUUGGACAUGGCAUUAUGGAAGAAAAUAUUAUUCCUGGGAUUGCUAGCAAAGUCAAGUUGUGAAUUAGAUUUAAGGUGAUAUUAUGUUACUGACGUCAUUGAUUUCUGUCUCAAAAAAGGGACAUAAAACUUGGAAGAGCUAUUGAGUACCUCUAAUUGUUUUUUAAUUUUUGUCAUUUAUGCUCAUUUGGAACCAUAGAAAACCUUACUAAUAUCAAUAUAUCACAUUUUGGGUGUAUACCAUGAUUAAUUCUCUCUUACUCUGUUGGAAUAUUUAUGAAUGAUAGGAUUUGGUGUCUCAAGACGCUUCAUUCAUUUAUUAGUAAAUGAUACAAUCAUUAGUUUUCAAAAUGUUUGGUACCUCAGUGAAGGAAGAUUGAAAUUUUGCUUAUACCUGUUUUAGUUUCUUACUUGACUUUCUCCUUUUAAUAAAAAGGGUGAAAUUAUUUACAUUUUUUCUUACCCCAGUGCUGGUUAACAAACACUUGCAUCUUAGAAGGGAUGCAUAAAUUCUUUCAGGAACAGAGAAUACCAACAAAUUGCAUGGUAAUUAAUGACACUGUGGAAUCUGCCUUCACCUGUAGGCAACUAUUUCACAACCACAUUUGUUCCAAAGGCAGGCGGGCUUUGGUAACUGGGAUGUACCCUGAGACUUCCUUCACUGAGUUAUGGUUAAUGGAGGAAAAACAGCUGGAGGAUUGAGUUGUAUUGUGUGCAAUAACAAAUGUGGAGCUUGAAUCCAAGCCAAAAUCUCUUGAUUUGAGUGAAGUGUGUUGCCUUUCCAAUGUAAGCUCUUCCAUUUUUUUUAAUCUAAAUUCACAAAACUAACUCAAGUUUUUGGUCAACUGUUGGAGUUGUAUUGGCCUUAGGAAAUGUUACUGUGUCCUGGAUAUCUCUGAUGCCUUGAAAAACACAGGCAGGGAAGGGCAAUAAAAAAACCCCCACCCUAUUUCUGCUUUGUGAUCCAAGCAGAGUAGAAAACCAGCAUCUCUGCUAUGUCAAAGUCCUACAGAGAUCUAACCUCUCAUCUCUUCUAGCAACCCAUUCACUGUCUCAGUAACGUACAUCUGUUUGCUUAGGCUUUCCUCCUCUACUUACUAGUUUUGUUUUGAUGUGUUUUAAUGGCCUUGUUUUAAAGGAUUAUUUCCCACACUGGAUUUCUUUUGUGGGGGGAAAAAAAGAUUGUGCAUGGGUAUAAAUUAAUUUCUGCUAUGAAUGGAGUUCCCUUUCUCAGCUUUCAUACAGGUGAUUUAAGCUGAUAAAGAACUUACGCCUGACAUGGAGACAACACUAUUUUGUAAUAGUGAUGAACUUUUUUUGCUUGUUAGAAUAACUUUAUAUCCUGCAGAAAGGGGAAAUCUAAAGGAAAAAACCCUCAGUUUUUGCCUUUCCAGGACAUGUCACUUUGCAGGUGUUAUGAAGGACUUAUUUCAGUAGCUUUUCUUAAUAUUUCCUGAGAUAGUUUUAUUUCUUCUUGGAUACUGUUGAAAAACUUACCUUGUGUAGGGUAUAGGACUUUCAGAAGGAAUUUAAUUUACACUCAAGUGCUAACUUAAGUUAAAUGCUUUUGCAAAUAUUUUAAGUUGUCUUUAUAAAAGGCAAUUUUCUUGCUUCUCAAAGCUUGCUAAUAAAUUUUGAAGAGGUUUUAAACACCGGGAAGCAGCACCCUUUGUAACACAGAUACAAGAAGUCAUACUCUGAAAACAGCAAGGAAAAAAAAGAAGUGGGAAUAACCAGUGUCUGACUGUUAGAUUCCCAGGUGUAUUUGAUUUUUAAAUUUCCUGAGCAUUGAAUUAAAUAUUGUAAUGAAUGAUGCAUAGCUGAAUUUUAGUCUGUACUGCAAAGAUUUGCUGCUGUGCUGAACUCUGUUGGCACUCUGUGGUGUCAGGGGUUUGUGUGAAAUUUAUCUGAAAUACUUUGCUGCCUCGUAGUUUUUGUGAAGUGAUGUCAUUUGUUAAAUGGUAAAAUAGAAAAUACUUUCCAACCACUCUGCCUUCUGAACAAACAGAUUUUUGUAGGCAUUUUUACAAGCAUACGAUCAUAUGGAGGAUAUGUGCUAAUUUUGACUUUGAACUGUACGGGGCUUAAUGUUCAAAAUCACAGGUGGUGAUUAUUUGUGUCUCUGGCUUUUUUAAAUAGUACUUUAAUUCUGUGCCACCCAGGCAUAACACUUUUUAUACAAGUCAAAUUGAGAUCUCUUUUUCUUUUAUUUAAAUGCUAAGCUGGACUGUAGUUCAGCAAUUUAGGAGAUUGAAUGAAAUGGAUGUCGAAUGGUAAGAUGGUCAAUAAAGGUGCUUAUUGUUAAUGGAGA